GCCGGCAGCCCGGCCCCCCUAUAACAGCGUUCCCAGCUGGAGGUAGAUAAUGCAAAGUGCUCUGUUCCUGGCUGUCCAGCACGAGUGCGGACCCAUGGACAAAGGCGCUGGCACCGGCCCCAAGAACGAGGAGAAGCGAGAGAAGAUGAAGCGAACCCUAUUAAAAGAUUGGAAGAACCGUUUGAGCUACUUCUUGCAAAAUUCCUCCUCUCCUGGGAAGCCCAAAACUGGCAAGAAAAGCAAACAGCAAACCUUCAUCAAGCCUUCUCCCGAGGAAGCCCAGCUGUGGUCAGAAGCAUUUGAUGAGCUGCUAGCCAGUAAAUAUGGUCUUGCUGCAUUCAGGGCUUUUUUAAAAUCUGAAUUCUGUGAAGAAAAUAUUGAAUUCUGGCUGGCCUGUGAAGACUUCAAAAAAACCAAGUCACCCCAAAAGCUGUCCUCAAAAGCAAAGAAAAUAUAUACUGACUUCAUAGAAAAAGAAGCUCCAAAAGAGAUCAACAUAGACUUUCAAACCAAAACUCUGAUUGCCCAAAACAUACAGGAGGCUACCAGUGGCUGCUUCACAACUGCCCAGAAAAGGGUGUACAGCUUGAUGGAGAACAACUCUUAUCCGCGUUUCUUGGAGUCAGAAUUCUACCAGGACUUGUGUAAAAAGCCGCAGAUCACCACAGAACCCCAUGCUACAUGAGAUGAAAGCGGGAGCCCAGAAAUGGAGGACUUUUCAUUUUUUUCCUAAGGGGAAAGGCUGUCACCUGCCGAAAAGACUGACCUUGAAUUCAGCCUGGGUGUUCAGGAAACAUCACUCAGAACUAUUGAUUCAGAGCUGGGUAGUGAAUCAGGAAGCCAGUCGCCACAUAGGAGAAGCUGGUACUGGGGCAGCUUCCGUAACUGAUGGAGCACAGAGAGAGAGUGUGGGCUAAAUGUGGUGUGUCUCAUGCUGGAAAAGCAGGAGCUUGAGACUGAAAGAUAACGAUGCAACACUAUUGGUCCAGAAGCAUUUACAAUCAAUAGGUCUGGGAUUAUGUGGCCUCAGCUAGGUGGCUGUACAUCUUUCCCUAAAUCAGUCCUUGUUACCACAUAGUGGUUUUAGCUGUAGUUUCUUUAGUUCUAGGUAAUAUAUGUUUACUAUGUGCAAGGGUACUGAAGUUCCUAUGUCUGCAGAUCAUCAGUACUGUUGUCUCACAUAACUCUAAAACUGAAACGAUUGUGUUUGAACUGUCAAUUGGUGUCUGUACGAGAAUGAGUGCUUUUGUGUAGAAAAUGACAAUGUCCAUUAUGAGUGCCAAAACUGUCCUGAUGGCAGCUAAACUUUGAAGUGGUCUUUGAAUACUUUUAAUAAAUUUAUUUUGAUAAAUAA